GACAUGGGUGCUUUUAUCUGUGCUCAGUUCUGUGUGUAUUCAUUGGUUCAUUAAUUUAGUUGAAAUGGAUUAUUAGUUUUAAAACUAAGUAAUUUUCAACUGGAAAAUUUUGCACUAUCGGCGCAUUCGUUAGUGAUCCAAUAAAAGAGGUAUUUCCUUUCAGUGUUACGUCUCAUGUAGCGCAUACCUAAAUGAUCAACCUAAAAAUGAAAAUAAACAAGAAACUGUUGCCAAUCAAAGGGCAUUACUUCUUUUUUAAUGCAGGUACCGCACCAUUAGUGCCCUACUUGAGCACAUAUGCUCGCCAACUGGGUUUUUCUUCGGCUACAGUGGGACUCAUUUACACAGUACUUCCAAUUUUUGGAUUGAUAGCAAAACCUCUUUUUGGUGUGAUAGCAGACAGGUUCAAGAAACAAAAGUCAAUUUUUAUACUAUUCCAGAUAGUUACUAUUGUAAGUUUUUCGGCAAUUUAUGCGAUACCAGAGAGCAGAUCAAAUGUGACUGUGAAAUUGGACUGCGGAGACCAUGUUACAGUAUUGAAAAGCUGUUAUGAUACAGUAGCAUCAUUGGAAUCAGACGAGGGCAAGAUUAACUCUAUAGCAUCUCAAAGCAAGCUCGCUACAUGCCAAAUGAAUUGUGACAUGUCUUCGCCAAAAACGUGGCAAACAGUGUGUGAACAUUGGCACAUACCACAGUACUGUUACAGUAAUACAAACAACAUAAAGUACACCUCUUCUAUUAGCAAAGUUACAGUUAAUGCAAAUGAUAAUUGUACUUAUGUAGCAACUAGCAAUGUAACUUUAGAUGGACUUAAUUUUGUACCCCAUUGUCGCAUUGGUAAUGGAUUUGUAGACAUAAAUGAACCAUGUACUCUGGACUGUACAAACCAGAAACUAGCAGCCAAAAUAGGCAAAGAAAAACCUAUUAUGACAUGUGUAGAUAAAAUGUUAAACUAUAAAGUUUGUUUAAAUAACACAGACCUGCAAGAUUUUGUCAAUGAAACCCAUUUUGAUGCAUGUUCUGCGUCAUGUGAUCUGGAUGAAACGGCGCCAUGGCGUUUAAUGGAGAUAUGCGAAGGCUGGGGCGCAGACGUUGCGGCUUCUUGCCAACCAAAAACGAUGAUAGGACAAGAUUUCCCAUCGAAUUUAAGCUUUACAGGAACAAUUCUAUUGAACACUACAAUACCUGAAGCUAACUGCGUAUACGCGCAACUUAAUCAUAUUCAAUUACCAGAUGAGUCGACUCACUAUCCUAACUGUAUGCCUGGAGAAUUGUUUCAUACGUCAUGCGACAUAACCUGUGAUAAUACCGAGUUGAAUGAAAUAUUUGCAGCUGCGAAUGAGAGCGAAAAUAACCAGGGUACUAAAUAUACGAAGCAGUUUUGGCUAUUUUUUAUGCUUAUGAUAAUAAGUUGGAUCGGCCAAGCGGUUGUGGUCACUUUCGCAGAUGCUAUAUGCUUCAAUCUGCUAGGUGACAAAAUUUCUCACUAUGGCAAACAGAGAUUAUGGGGUUCCGUCGGAUGGGGAAUAUUCUCCUUGAUGACCGGAGCUCUCAUAGAUGUAUUCAGCGACGGAGCCUACAAGGACUACACGGUCGCAUUCAUACUCAUGUUCGUGUUUAUGACUGGGGAUGUCAUCGUGUCCUAUUUUUUGAAGGUCGAAUCUACAAAAAUGUCUAUGAAUAUACUAGCAGACGUCGGCACUCUGCUGUCUUCGGUCCACACCGUUGUGUUUAUGCUGUGGACCAUCGCCGUGGGAUUGUGUACAGGGUUGCUAUGGCAGUUCUUAUUCUGGUAUCUAGAAGACUUGGCAGCCAUGACAUCUGACGGAUCAGCGUACAUCAAAACGCUGCAGGGCCUUGUUAGUGCUAUCCAAACAUUCGGGGGCGAAAUUCCCUUCCUUUUUAUAUCAGGAUACAUAUUGAGAAAAUUGGGGCAUGUUAACAUGAUGACUUUAGUCCUAUUUGCGUUUGGAAUACGGUUCAUCUUGUACUCGUUCCUGACAAACGCAUGGUGGGUUCUACCAAUUGAGUUAUUCCAAGGGAUAACUUUCGGCAUGUUUUAUCCCACUAUGACGUCAUACGCCAACGUCGUGUCUCCACCUGGAACAGAAACUACAGUACAGGGUCUAGUUGGGGCUGUGUUUGAAGGCGUAGGGACGUCACUCGGCAGCUUUAUCGGGGGUCGUUUAUACGAGACUUACGGGGGAAAGAACACAUUCCAGUGGUUCGGCAUCAGCUCUCUGGUGUUCGGUGUCAUCCAUAUGGCGGUUCAAUAUGUUAUGCGUCACAGACCUGGACACGUGGGAUUCAGACAAGGUUAUACUUCAGUGAUAAGAUAUGAACAACCGAAUGACAUGAUUCAUAUACUAGAAGACAUGUCACAAAAUAGAUAACCAUUUGGCGACGUAUUCCAUCUGUGGCUUGUUUUGCUUUCCUAAUUUUAAUAACUUGUUUACAACGAAGUUCUUUAAUUCAUUUGUGUAUGCUGUUGUAUUGCAUCUGUUUUAAUUUACCUACAUAUUUUUACAUUAUCAUCCAUCUAUCAUAAUCUUUGUUGUGAUACUUUAGUUAUUUAUUUUAUAAGCGUUUUAUUAUUUAUAAAGCAGCUCAAAAUCAAUUAAUAAUAAAAAAAUAGGUAGAUAUAUCUAUCUAUAGGUAUUCAAUACCUAUUAAAACGUGCUUAAAAGUACAUGCUAUAUUUUAGAGUUAUGAUUGAAUGUGAUUGACAAAAUCAUGUUUGAUACAUCGUUGAAAUAAAUAAUAUAAAAAACUAAUAUUAGCGAUUUUUAAACUGUCUCGAAAAAUAGCAAGAUCCAAUUCGUUUAGUUCUGUUUAUAUUAUGAAUGUUCGCUGUAAACAGUCAAUCAAUAAUGUUUCAUGACCAAAUAAAGGUCUUGAUGUUCACUAGCACAAAGUUUUAAAAUGGCAGUAAUAAUAUUAGUUUUUGCAGUCCACUUAGGUACGAAAAAUACUGCACGAUAGUAUUGCUUCGUCCGGGGUUUUCUCGGAAAUUAUUGGAAUUUUUCUCGCCGUAAAAACCAUCCUUGGACUUCAGCGAACAUAAAAGAAUUGGUAAAAUUGGUCCAGGCGUUGUUGAGUCAUGCGCUUAAGUAACAACACGUUUCGUGAUUCAUUUGUAUAUUAUAGAUUAAUUCGAUCCUUCGUUUUAUAAGCAUGUACCUAUAAAUUGAGGUAUUAAAUUAUUGAAUCAAAUUAUACACAAAAUUAAAACAUGAUAAUUUACUACUAUACGUCCAAAGUACCUAAUGAUAAUAAAAUAUUUUGAAGUUCCUAUCUUUACUUAAGAUUAAAUUGUUAAUGCAUAAUUAAUUAUACUUUAUGUAGCGAUAUUUAUAUCGUAAGUUUGUAUGCUCAAAUUUUGCAUUUGUAUACGUAAUUAUUGGUAUAUUGGUGCUAGUACCAAACAAGGGGCAAUAA